GAAAGAAACUGGGAAAAGAAGCAGAGGCUUGACUUUCUUGUUUUUUUUUUAAACUGGAGAUUACAUCCAAAACAGCAAAAUGCCAACCACAAGAAAAACAGUGAUGUUCUUAGGAGGAUCCCUGGCCAACAGUGGUUCCCUUAUAAUGAUAUGUGCUGUGCUGGCAACCAAAGAGUGGGUCAGCAGUGUGACUACAUGCAAGGGGUCGGCCAAUCAGACUGGGUCCGUCACACUUGAGUAUGGGCUUUUCGAAGGCAAGGGAAGACACAUCUUCUGCCCUAAUAUUGGGGGGGAUAUUCUCCCCUUUAAAGUCCUGGAAUCUCUGAAACACGUUGGUCCUUCUAAAUCUCUACACAUCACGGUUAUAACCUGCCUGUGCCUCGGGCUUUUGGGUUCAAUAUGCAGCUUUGGAAUCACUCUAUACAACAGCUUCAGCAACCCUUAUGAAACAUACCUGGGACCUAUCGGUGUUUAUGUCUGCAGUUCAGUAAGCGCAAUUUUCAUUUUUUUCUCAAUUGUUUUAUUCGUGGUAAACACAGAGGUAUAUAAUUUAUCGGUAGAAAUGGCUCAAAACAAAAUUGGGAACACAAUUGUGAUUCUGAGUGACACCAUUAAUUCAAUCGGAUACUCGUACUACCUCAUGAUUCCUGCUUUUUUCUGCAACCUGAUUGCCAUUAUCAUCGUCUACGUUUACCAGCACGCCGACUACACACAGAGGAAGGAGCAGCAGAGACCCACGGAAGACGCCCCAAAAGACGUCAUGAUGUAUUAAUGGUACUUCUGUGGUUAAGACAUUUGCAAAGGGUUACGUUACCUCCUCCUAGCAAUGUUCCCAAACAGAAAAUAAUUCGGUUUCUUAGAAAUCAUUAUGUUCCAUUCAUCGUGUCCUCUUUGUCUCUGUCUGUACCUGUUUAAACUGCCCUUGCCUGUACUUUCAUUUUCCCGUAUGAUUGUCAAAUUCUUUUCGAAUUGUUUGUGUUAUUCAGUAGUGGCUAAUGAUGUUAGUUUCAGCCACGCUACUCCAAAACAUUUAAGACCUGGGGCAAAGUUAACUGUGGCUUUGACCUUUCUAAAGCCCUGCGGACACUUGCAUUUUCAUACCGGUAUCGUUGCGGAACAGUCUCGCAACGUCUGUUCAACUGAGUUGUUACCAGCGUCGUACUGGUGUAACCGCAUCGAUUAAAAACAUCUUCAAGAGCAAGUUUCGUACCAGUGUAGUGUUAUUUUGU